AUGCUUGUUGCUGCCGACUCCGACGAUCAGGUUGGGGCAAAUAUUGAUUAUGGGACCUUCAAGAGCCCAUCGGCGCGAGUUCGUCCACGGUUUCGAUACUGGCUUCCAGAUGCUGCAGUGGACAAAGCGACUGUCCGCGACAAUAUAGCAUCGGCCGGCUCUGUCGGUGCUGGGGGCGUGGAGUUUCUUCCAUUCUAUAAUUACGGCGGAGAGCUCGGCUCAACCGAUCCAAGCUGGGCGUCCACCGGCUUUGGCACGGAGGCUUUCAAGGAAAUGUUCCUGACAGCCCUCGAGGCACAUAAAGAAUUCGGCCUUGUGAUGGACUUUGCCCUCGGACCCAAUCAGGGUCAGGGUGUACCUGCAGAGACGGACGACGAGGGGUUACAAUGGGAUUUGGCACCAUUCUCGCUACAGGUCAAUGGAUCGUUCGAUGGGAUCAUACCCGGCUGGGGAUCAGGAGAACUAGUUGCCUUGGUCUCUGCAGAGGUUCUGUCCACUCAAAAUAUUCCGAUGCCCGAUAGUUCCUCACCUCUACCUGGCGGUCAGAAGUCAUACCAGCAGCUCAUUCUGAGGAACGGAACACUAAUGGACCACGCAAGCCAAGUCUCGUCCUCAGGGCAUGUCACCCUUCAUCUCCCAACCACAUCUUCCCGCUCCAAAUAUUGGCUAUUCGCAUUUUACCAGUAUCGCACUCUCCACAAAAAUCUCCAAUUCAACGCUUCUUCUUCGAAAACAAUCUUCGACAACGGCUCCUAUGUCGUCGAUCAUUUCAGCAGCCGCGGUGCCAGAGUGACCACGCGGUUCUGGGAGAAUCAUAUACUCACACCAAGGGUCGAGCAAUUGUUGCGGGAAGUUGGCAACUACGGUUGGGAGGAUAGCGUCGAAAUUAAAUCCAAUAUCUCAUGGAGCCCAUCGUUGCCUACCCUGUUCAAGAAUCAUUUUGGUUAUUCCUUGACGGACAUUCUGCCGCUCGUAAUGUUUGGAAACAACAACCAGGGGCUUCAGUCUACGGCGCCCGGGAAGGUUCAGUGCCUCCUGGACACCUCUGACAUGGGUCAAGGCCAUGUGAAUGAUUUUCGAGAAGCUCUCGGUAUCGGCUAUCGUCAAUAUCUCCAGGCAUUGACCUCAUGGAUAACAUCCCGUUUGGAUCUGCAGAUGUCCAGUCAGGUUUCCUACAAUCUCCCGGGAGAUAUGGAAGCGGCUGUUCCAUUCGUCAAUGCUCCGGAAUGCGAAAGCCUCGGAUUUAAAGACAGUGUCGAUGCCUAUCGCCAAUUUUCCGGGCCUGCCGUACUUACGGGGAAAAGAGUCAUAUCGAAUGAAAUGGGAGCUGUUAUGCUUGAGGCUUACCGGUAUCCUCUAUCACGCUUGCUAUGGUCCAUACAUCGCGCAGUUGCUGGAGGUGUCAACCAAAUGGUUCUACAUGGGCAGGCUUACACCGGGAAUUAUUCGGGCACGACAUGGCCGGGAUACACCGCAUUCCUAUAUUUGUUCUCAGAGCAAUAUUCUCACAAGCAGCCUGCUUGGGAUCAUGGAUUCUCCGAUGCUCUUAACUAUGUGUCCAGAUUGCAAUACACCCAGCAGAUCGGCAAACUGCACACUGACGUUGCAGUCUACAACAAAAUUUCGGCCACAGAUAUCGAUUAUCCAGAUAUUUACCUCGACAACGAUCUUGUAAAUGACGGCUACACCUACAACUACCUCUCGCCAGACAACUUUGCCCUACCCCAGGCAAAAGUAAGCCGUGGAGUACUAGCUCCGGAAGGACCAUCAUAUAAAGCUUUGGUUAUUCCUCACGUCUCGAAUGUCUCGCGAGAAGGGAUCAUCAGAGUGCAAGAAUUCGCGCGGCAAGGAUUACCAAUUAUUAUAAGCGGAGGUGAUCCAGGUCAUUAUGCGUCUCACACUGCGGACGACGCGAUAUCAACCAAGAAGGCCCUUUCAGACUUGAAGAAAAUGGAGCAUGUCCACAUGGUUUCUGCUGGUGGCGUAGCCGACAAACUUGCGUCCUUGAAUAUCCUCCCGGAUAUCAAAGUGAAAACGAAUGGGACUUGGUAUACCACUUGGCGUGAAGACAAGAUCAAUCACGUUUCCUACUGCUUCGUGUUCAAUAAUGCCAACGACCUGACCGUCGGGACAGUGGAUGUUGCAAGUGCGGGUGUUCCUCACGUUUUUGACGCCUGGACCGGAGAUCAUCGCCCUCUUUUAUUAUACCGCAAUUCCAAUAACCGUACCACUGUUCCACUACGCCUUGCAGCCAAUCAAACGGCAAUUCUCGCUUUCAGAAACAAGCGUCCAGGGAAUGCUGCGCCCAGAAUACAUGCCAUUCAAGCUCCGUCAGCCCUUAUUGGCUACACUUCUGCCAACAGCAGCAACGAAGUCUGGGUUCAUAUUGCAUCGGGGCCAUGGGACUCUCCACUGUUGUUGUCAAAUGGAAGAGCGUAUAGAUCGCCUCCCAUCAAGUCUCCUCACCCGUCUUUCCAACUCGCAAACUGGACUCUUGUUCUCGAGCACUGGGACGCCCCUUCGAAUCUAUCGGAUGCAGCCACCAUUGCCGUAAAACACAACACUACCCAUCAACUUGAAUUGUUGGUCUCAUGGACCGAGAUUCCCGCGGCUGUGAAUGUAUCCGGCAUCGGCUACUACCGCAGUAACUUUCACUGGCCGCCACCCGCGUCCAAUGGGUCCGCCGAUGGAGCAUACAUUCGUCUGCCUAAGAUUCAGCAUGCAGCUCGGGUCUACAUCAACGGACAAAUUAUCGGACCACUCGAUUUUGCAGCGCCACAGGGUGACAUUAGCACUUAUCUUCGACCUGGACGCGAGAAUUCUGUUCUGGUGGAAGUGCCAAGCACGAUGUGGAAUUAUCUCAGGAGCAUAAUUGACAAACUUAUGUUUUUUGGACAAUCCGCAUCGAGGACGCUAGGUCUAUUGGGUGAGCUUCCAGAAAUAGUGGAUAAUGGGUUGAUCGGCGAGGUGGAAAUUGUGCCGUAUGUAAAGUUCAGGCUUGAGAGCCGGGGUAAGUAG